AUGCUGUUUUUCUGCCCUCCUGCCCAUGUAACAUGGUUUGGUUCAAUUUUGGGUUAUAUUCCUGCAGUUAAUGGGUUUGGUUCUUUUACUGAUCAGUGGAAAAUGAUGCUCAAUAUUUCAAAGUCAACUGAUAAAAAAGAAUUAAAGCUGACGAGUCUUCUGUGCUGGCAUAUAUGGAAGUCCCGUAACAAUGUUGUGCUCAAUUCUUCACGCCUUGAUCCUAGUGAUACUAUCAGAAAAGCUCAGAAUGCUCUUGAUGAACUGCUCAAUCUAGCUAUUCCACAACGGCAUUCUGAGAAUCGUCCUGGUAGACAGGUCAAUGUUGAUGCGUCUUUUGAUGGAGAAUCCUUUUAUGCUAUGUAUGGAGUGACUGUGAGGAAUGCAGAUGGCAUGUUGAUUGAUGGUUGUGUUGCAAAGUAUAUCAAUCAUUCUCCCCUUGCAGCUAAGGCUUAUGCUCUUAGAGCAGCAUGUCUUUUUAUUACUAAUAGAGGUUUUUCUCCAGUCUCUGUUGAAACUGAUUCUCAGCAACUGGUUCUGUUACUCUCUUCUCAAGCUUCAAUUUGGCCUUGGGAUGUUAAGCCUUUCAUUCAUGACAUUAAGAGUUUCUUGUCAAUCUAUCCUUCCAGUGUAAUUAGAUAUAUUCCUAGAGCAGCAAACAAAUGUGCUGACUGGGUUGCCAAAAAUGCUAGAAUGGGAGAUUUUACAAGAUUGGUUUUCAGCUUUUUCAUGAAUAAAAGUUGUCCAUUACUGCAUCAAUCCGAGACAGUAAUCCUCUUUUCCAACAAUGAUUCCAAAAAUGCUGAACAUAGUUUGGUGAGGGGUGGAAGAUUAUGUGAUGACCCACUAAACAUGGUUUCCAACAGCUUCUCGGAUGGUACAAAUGGAACUACUGCUGAAGUCUGGGUUCUUUUCAGGUUAAACUCUGGGAGCUCACCAUAG